AUGGCGUCGGAAAGUAGAAUGAAUAUAUUUUUAAAAGCUUUAAGUAAGACUGUGAGUGAUAUAAAAUGUCAUACUCUGAAACCAGAACAGCAAGAAUGCAUCAGAAGGCUAAUCUAUUGUGGUGAAGAUGUCCUUGCGGUUUUACCUACUGGUUUUGGGAAAAGCCUUGUGUACCAACUUCUUCCGACUGUUUACCAAAAUUUGCACUUGCUUGAAACGGGCGUGAUGAAGCAUUUUAUGAUUGUCGUAGUUAGUCCUCUGGAGUAUAUUAGGCAACAGCAGGUUGCAAAUGUGGCAAAGACCAUGUGUGGAGUACGUGCAGCUGCGAUCGGUGAAUCAGAAGAGAACGACAAAGAAAUAUCGGAAGGCAAAUAUAAUAUCGUUUACGGUGGUGCUGAACAAUGGCUCAAUAAUCGAUGGAAGAAAUGCCUACAGUACGGUGGUUUACAUCAGUCUAAAGUAUUGGUAGUGGACGAAGUACAUACAAUUGAAACGUGGUAUGUUGCUCGCAUUUUUGUGAUAAUUAUAACUAAAUUAUUUAUAGCAUGGGCCUGCAUGGCCACACUGGCACCACCACGUUUGAUUUAUAUUUAAAGGUAGUCUACCUGAAAAAUGCAACAUGACUAUCUUAGCAACCACAGUAAUCUUCAUAUAUAUUUAACAAUAUGCGAAUUGAUAUGUAUUGCUAUAAUAUGACUGAAUAUAUUAUUUUUUUUAUUUAGGGGAAUUGGAAAAAAAGGAAAAGCAGCAUUCAGGGAGGCUUUUGGGCGUUUGUCAGAGCUAAGAUCUUUUCUUGCUAUGCACACACCUGUUCUUGCAUUAACAGCAACUGCAAAUAAGGAAAUGCGUAACCGUUUAGCCAAAUACCUUGGUAUGAAGAGAAUUGAGCAUAUAGUUGUCAGUCCAAAUAAGAACAAUCUAAGAUUUACUGUCUUACGUGCUGAUAAGGAACUCCAUUGCUUUGACUGGCUGAUACACCUUAUGCUGGAGAGAAAAGGAGAAACACCUUUCACUAUUAUUUUUUGUAGAACAGUUAAUGACAUUGUUUCAUUGUUAACACAUUUCUUGAUGCGACUGGGGACCUCUGGUAUUUACACAGACGGUGAGGAACCGGCGCAUGAACGUUGUUUAUUGGGAGUGUAUUAUUCUCAAACGCCAAAGAAUCACAAGGAAAGUGUUAGUUCUUCAUUUGAGGGAUUAGGUGGAAAUGUUCGAUUGGUAUUUGCAUCAACAUCUUUAAGUAUGGGCAUAGACUUUCCACAUGUACAAUAUGUAGUACAUUAUGGUCCAUCUCGCAACUUGACCAGCCAUUUACAGGAAGCAGGUAUAGGGGGAAGAGAUGGGAAACAGGCUUUUCAUCUGACAAUAUAUCAUGGGCGCCAUUUGACUGCAUGUGAAGAAGACAUCAAAAGAGCGGUAACCAAGUCAUCAAAUUCUUGCUGUCAUGUGUCAUUUUUGAAGGAUUUUGAUGACCAAGUUUGCCCAUUGAGUCCAUUCCAUGACUGUUGUAAUGUUUGUCAUAAAGCUUGCAUGUGCAAUUCUGAUGCAUCUGGCUGCAGUCAACCAGUGCCUAUAUUUGAUUAUUUACCAGAAAGUUUGGGUGAUGAUGAUCAAAUAAGAGAUGUCAGUGUUGAAGAAAGAGAAUGUUUAUACAAUGCUCUCAAAGAAAUACAACUGUCCUUGUCCUGUCAAGCCAAAGGUGGUGAUGGUGGCAAUGUUUGA